AUGGAUGAAGGAGUCAUCCAUGUAACUGGCUACAAAAGUACUAAAUUAGCGGCUCGUAGGUAUAGGAAAUCUAAAACGACGGUGUGGUGGCACAUAGACAUGUGUCCGCUUCCCGAUGGUUAUGAUGCUUCCUUUGUCGGUCCUUGUAUAGAUCGGAUGUUGCAGAGUUUAGGCUACUCUGGUCCUCUUUCCAUCACUGCCAUUGGCAACCUAAAAUACAUCCCUGAUCACGUCUUGCGAGUGCUGUCCUCCGAUGGGAUCGAAGUUAGAAACGUCCCAAACGGUGCCUCGAGCAUUAGUGCUCAGCUGAUUCCUUGGAAAUUUUGUAAUCCACCUCCGGCUACGUUUAUGCUCAUAUCCGAUUCCCCUAAACCGGACACUGAGUUUUUACUUGGACCUGAUAUCCCCUAUCUGGAGUCAAAUAUUGCCAUCACGAUGAGGAAACAAUUAAAGAAAACGUUGGAGAAUGUGGUGGUUAAUCCUCCUGUAGCUGAUUCUUCCCAGCCGACGAACAAGGGGGUGGUGUGGUGGGACAUGGACAGAUGUCCUGUUCCUGAUGGUUAUGAUGCUUCUCUCGUGUCUCUGCGUAUAAAUCAGAUGUUGCUGAAUUUAGGCUACUCUGAUCCUCUUACCAUCACUGCCAUUUGCAGUGUCAGCCUAAGAAUCUCCUCUUAUGGCGACAAGAGUGCCAGCCUAAGUAACACCUCUUCUCGCGUCAUGAGUGAGAUCUCUUCCAGUGGAAUAGUUGUUAAGCAUGUCCCAUUUGGUUGCGCAAGCAUUAUUGAAGAUGUGUUAACUUGGGUAAAUACUAAUCCACCUCCGGCUAAUAUAAUGCUUAUAACCAGUUCCUCUUUUUUGGAAUGCAUGUCUCCCGCUCUUCACUGUCUUCGAGAGAAAGGAUACAACAUCCUUCUGGGAUAUACACAUACGCUGGCUAAAGUUAUUAACGGUUAUGUGACCCUGGAGAACCUUACUGGAAGUUCCAUUAGGUGGUAAUGGACUGGAGACAAAAAGACCUAACUGUUUUAUUUGCACAUCCUGUAAUUUAUCUUACAAAAGUUAUGAAAGUUUUGACAUUCAUAUAAGAGGAAAAGAACAUGUAAU